UCUCUCACCAAUCUACUACAACAAACAUAAAUUUUCCUUUAGAUUACUACUCCUACCAAAAAAUGGAUACAAGGGGAAAUUGGAAUCUAACUAUAAUGCAAGAGAAUCACGGCUUUAACGACGAUGACGAUGAAGAGGCGCUCUCUCUUUGUGAUCUUGCAUUGAAUAAUAGCAAUGGCUCGGAAUGGGAUGACUCGUCGAAAGAAGAUCAAAGAUUAUCCUUUGAUCAAGAUAUAUUCGAGUUUUUUAGUGAAGACUUCAAUGCAUCUACUCAUCCAAGAGAAAACGUUAUCUUUUGCGGUAAACUCAUUCCAUAUAAAGGAGACAAGAAAGAUGCGCAUGUCGAAAAAAUAGAUAAAUCUAUCAAUAAAACCAAAGAGAGCAAGCGGAGCUUCAUCUUCCGGUGGAAAUCGUUUUCACUACACCAAUCGAGAAACAACUCGUUGAAGAUGCAACAACAAAAGAGUUAUACAACUUGUACAUCUCCGGACAUAAAUUCGGAGAAUAACGAGUACAGAAUGAAGAAAUGUGCACAGAAAUACGACGUUUCAAUGAGAAAAAUUUCAGUAUUUGCGAGUCCAUCGAGGUCAAAAUGGCAUCCGUUCACAUUCGGAAUGGGAAGAUAUCCGGUUGAGAUGGAACUGAGUGACAUCAAGACGAGACAGAGCAAGCGAAACGAAAGCAAGAAAAGGCAAAGCACCAAUGGACGAAAUGAGUUAGCCGGGAAAAACGGGCAAAGAGAGAAGGGUUGGUGGAGUCUGCUAAGGAUUUUGGGAUGCAACAGUAAUAAAGCAAAUGCCAUGGUAAAAGCUUCAUUAGGUCUCAUGCCAUUGCCAAAUGUGUGAGAAGAGUUCAAACUUAGUAUAUGUAAUGUAUCUGUUAUAUAGUUGAGCAGGCCAAGAUUGACCUUGUACUAAAUAUGCUAGACCAAACAGAGGAUUAUUUUUUUUGUAAUAAAAUGACUAAGAUAUGAUAUUUGA